AUGUCGUCAUCACAAGAAUUCUUCCAAACCGUCAUGGAAAAACACCGUCCUAACCUCCAACAAUACGAAGACAUCUACCGCCAUCUCCACAGCUCCCCCGAACUAUCCGGCCAAGAAGAACAAACAGCAGCACUGGCAGCAUCUCAUCUCACCAAACUCGGAUACAAAGUACACGCCCAUAUCGGAGGCCACGGCGUCGCAGGCGUUUUGCACAAUGGACCCGGUCCGACUAUUCUCCUCCGGGCAGAUAUGGAUGCAUUACCCGUCGAGGAGAAGACUAACCUAUCCUACGCGAGUAAGAAGGUCACCACUGAUAAAGACGGGGUGAAGAAGCCGCUGAUGCAUGCUUGCGGGCACGAUUUCCAUACGACCUCCCUCAUGGCAGCUGCGCAGGUGCUGUACUCUGUCAGAGAGAACUGGUCGGGGACGUUGAUUUGUCUUUUCCAGCCGUCUGAAGAAUACUUGAACGGUGCGAAGGCGAUGAUCGAUGAUGGGUUGUAUAAUAAGAUCCCGAAACCGGAUCUGGUUCUCGCGCAGCAUGUGUUGAGGAUGAGAGAAGGAACUGUUAGCAUUCGGUCUGGGCCGUUGCUUACUGCGGCUGAUUCGUUUGAUGUGCGUGUCUUCGGGCGAGGGGGGCAUGGCUCUGCGCCUCACACGUGCAUCGAUCCUAUUAUCAUCGGGUCGUCGAUUGUUACUCGGUUGCAGGGGAUUGUGAGUCGGGAGGUGGCGCCGGGGCAGUUGGCGGUUGUCACCGUCGGCAGCAUUCAAGCGGGUCAUACGGCGAAUAUCAUCCCGGAUUAUCUGGAUCUGAAAAUCAACAUCCGGACCUACAAUCCGAGUAUACGAGACAUCGUGAUCAAAGCAAUCACGCGCAUCAUCGAGACCGAAUGCAAAGCAUCCGGCGCGACAGAAAAGCCAUCUAUCAAAUGCGUCGUUUCAUCGCCUGCCACCAUCAAUGAUGACCAAACGGUCAAGACUCUUCGGUCUUCAUUCGGGUCAUACUUUCAAGAUCGUCUCGUCGAGACGGAACCUGCGACUGCCAGUGAAGACUUUUCGCUCCUGGCCACCGCAGUCGGGGCACCGUAUGUCAUGUGGACGUAUGGUGGAAUGGACGGCAAGACGUGGGAUGAAGCUGUAGAGACAAACACGGUGAAUCAACUACCAGGCAAUCACUCCCCGUUCUUUGCGCCAGUGAUCCAGCCAACGCUGCAGACGGGCGUGGAUGCGAUGACGGUUGGCGCGUUGACAUUCUUGGGACAGAAACAAAGAACCAACAAAUUAUAG